AUGAACACGACUCUCAAUACCCAGCCGCUUCCACAGGCAUCUAUGGACACUUCCAUCCAUUGGAUGUUGGACGAAAAGCGCGUUCAAACCGUUGAUGGCAGCUGCGAGCACCGUCGCCAUCACAGUUGCUCUAGACGCAAGCUUAAUAUCGGAAUCAUGAUCCUUAUCAUGUCUCUUCUCCUCGGUGCCCUUACUUUUAUCUUCCUCAACCUGUUGGAAGCGACCGGCGAUGACCUCCUUGGCGGAUUCUGGAAGCGGGCCCUAGGAGAUGGAGUCUCCGGUACUGGGAACGAAUCUACAUUUACGAGGAACAAACACACGUACAGAGCCACCGUUGACUGGCUCGAAAAAGGAUUUACGCUACUUCGCGACACAUCAGACGCAAUGCCGGCCCUCACACAUCUCCAAUAUACCUCUACACUUAUCAUUCGUGCACAAGAAACCUUGAUGGAUGUUCACAAUGACGACCUUGCCUGGAAUGAAAUGAUUAAAGAUAUACGACUUCAUGCAAUGCAGAUUCAGGAAGGUCUUGAGAGACUGGAAAAGAAGGGCGUGUCCAACUCUGAUUACAACGGCCUCUUGGACGCUAUGGACGAGUAUAUGGGUGCUCUCAAAUCUAUCAGCAAUGAUGCACAUGUCGCAAUGAAAGAAGCUAGAGAUCGCCUUGGAGCCAGCAGUUCACGAUUUGGGACAACAAGGAUCAACAAGGAGCAGAUAUAUCGCCUCCGUGAAGCAGAAUACACGGCAUAUCAGCGUUAUCAUGUUGCUCUCGAAGUUCUCCUAAACCAAGUCAUGGGCGCAAACGCGCUAGUUGACGAGCUGAGAGAAGACGUGCGAGAAGUAAUUGCUCCUAAUUUACAUGAAGGGGAUGCAGACGGCAUUGAUGAAUCAAUAAUUCGCCUCUCGUAUGGGACUGAUCUCGAGAUUUGUGAACCUGGAACACGCGUUGAGAUCUUGACGAGAAUCCGCAACUGGGCAGACGACGCGAACCACUCACAGCAGAUCUUCUGGUUGAACGACGCUGCCGGCACGGGAAAGUCGACAGUAGCCACGACGAUAGCCAAAGAAUGGCAAGGCCAGGGCCGACUCGGAGGUCGAUUCUUCUUCAAUCCCAACGUCGCGUUGGACCAAGAUAUUCGUCGCUUUUGCCGUAUCGUGGCAUACGAUAUAGCAUCCAAUCAUCCACAGCUUGCUCCAUCUAUCAACUUGAUUCUGAUCGCAAGCCCAGAAGACACAAUGGACUUCGCUAUGCAGUUCGUCCGACUCAUCCUGGAUCCACUUCAGAGCCUGAGCAGCACGACGAGUAUAUUCCUCGUCAUAGAUGCUCUGGAUAAUUGCGAGUUCAAAUCGAGACAGCGGCUGCUGAAUGUCGUACUCAAAGAACUGCGGACGGCGCCAGGGAUCAAGCUCUUGCUGACCAGUAGACCAAUACCAGACAUCGGCGACCGACUCAGCGAUCCCGUAUAUAUAUGCGAGGGACACCUUCUUGACAUCAAUAACCGCUCUCAUGAGGAUAUUGCGCGUUACGUCCGUGCAAAUCUGGACCAACAGCUCGAUAUCAAGGAGCAGGAGCGAAUCGUUCAAUACUCUGAUGGUGUAUUCAUAUGGGCCGCGACAUUCUGCAGAGCGUUCAAACGAAGCAAUCUCGCCAAGCGACUCCUGGACGACUUUUCCCACUCCCAGGUCGCAGAUCCUCUCGACGCGCUGUACCUUGCUGUCCUCAAACAAGCUCUUGUGGACAAAAAUACCGUGGAAGACUUUAGAAAAGUGUUGCAGGUAGUCAUCUCAGUCUUUCAGCCCAUCUCCAUCAAUUCGAUCUCCACGUUGUUCCCAAAGGUGGACGCAGUCAACGAGUUUGUGCAGGACCUCGGUGCGGUGUUCAAGGAUGGACACCCGGACCGACCUAUCAAGGUACUGCAUCCGACGUUCAGGGAGUUCAUUGCGUCGAAUGAAGACCGUGCAAACGGAUUUCUAGUUCAAAUGGAGCCGUCCCAUUCGAUGCUCGCUAUGGCUUGCUUGGAUGUUCUAGAGAAGACACUCAAAUAUGACAUCCUGGACAUUCGUUCAAGCUUUUCAGUCCUUCCGAGGAGCAAAGAGGUCGCAGACUUGGAGACUCGGAUCGCAAGGAAGACCUCUCCGGCACUGCGAUAUGCAAGUUCGUACUGGAUUCACCACGUCUCUUCCUCUGAGGAGGCAUGGGAUUGCUGGAGAAGAGUAACUAAUUUCUUGCGUGACCACCAUCUACACUGGGCAGAAUUCAUGGGAUGGCGAGGCACCCUAGCUCAUGGAAUUCGUGGACUUUCGCAAAUUGGAACCAAAAUCGGGAGAGAGGCGCUGACCUUGUCUCCCCUCAACUCGGACGAUUUCUUCACCUUGCGACACGCGACACAUUUUCUACUUAGGUUCCAAGAUAUCAUCCACACGUCUCCACUUCACGCAUACACCAUUCCCUCUGAAUUGGUCCCAACAAACUCCCCUCUUGUGAGAUCGAAUGAUCCUAAGACUUGCUCGGCAACUGUCAAAAUCAUUGGUAAAGAUCACUUGGACUGGAUCAUGGAUGCGAUCCCUCUCGCUUUACCAGCCGGAAUUAAGCGUGCUUUGCUAUCCCCAGACGGAGCACGUGUAGUAAUGAGCGGCUUGAUAGGAUAUCUACGCUUGUGGGAUGCCAACACAGGAGAGCUCAUUCCCACCUCAUUCUCUGCGGAAGAGGAGCCUUACACUGUUGUGCAAGCUCUAGAGUUUUCCCCGGACGGGCGAUACUUGGCGAUUGCAACAGACAUCAGCGAAGUGCACCUUCUGGAUGUUUUGACUGGUGACACUCUGUGGAAGGCGAAAACUUACUUGGGGCACCUGCAUCUUCGUAUUGGAGCCAUGUGUUUUCUUCCGAAUGAAUCGUAUCUUGCAGUGGUGCUACACUAUAAAGGAUUUGAUAGGAUGUGGCAGAGUUAUGUGAUAUACUAUCACAUAGUCUCUGGUGAGCAGUCUACCAAGACUGUUGGUCUCUCCAGGUUUGUGGAUACCUUCAAGGUUUGUCCAGGCGGAACUCGGGCAGUGUAUACGGCUAGAGGAUCCAGGCAUAUUGAUUGCGUCAUUCUGGCUGAGCUCGUUUCUUAUGAAGGCUUGGAGUCGGACCAAGAUGACUACGAUGGAUGCGUUUACUUAUUACAAUUGACCAUUCCGUUGUCCCUCAAUCGCGUAAUUGAGAUCUCAAUAGAUGGGACAACGAGUGCUAUAUACGACCCAGAAGGAGGGGCAGCACUCAUACUUCUUGACUGCACGACCGGAAAACACAUCGAAAUGGUGGACCUUGAUGAACCUUACUCACAGUGUGCUGUCUUCGCACCACAGGGAGAUUUAAUGGCAACCGCCUCGUCCAAAGGUUCAGGGAUUCUGCUUCGUGAGAAGCAUAGUGGGAGAAUUACAAAGCGUUUUGGCACUACUCAUAGUUUUAGCAAUAUCUGGUUCUCGUCUGAUUCUCAGCGCCUCGCUAGUCUUUCAAAUGAUCAGCGAAUCCGUAUUUGGGAGGUCAAGAGUGGCGCCCAGCUUGAAACCUUCUUCGAUGGGUAUACACCUGGACCUCGUGUUAGCUUGUCGCACGAUUGGACCCGAUUACUAUGCAUCCAAGGCCAGGAAGCACUAGUUUACGACUUGACAUCCAAGGUUGCUGGUCCAAAAAGCCGUCAAUCCAACCAAAAUUAUAGAACGGGAGAAUAUAUUGCAGAAAACUCUAUGCUUGUUGUGCGGAGUGGUGCAUUUCCAGCCACCAGAGUAUUGAGUAUUUGGUCGACAGCAAGUGGAACACUGGAACCCAUCGCAACAUUAGGAGAGCUUCCAAGUCGCGGGGUGGAGACUUGCAUUACACCGGACCUCUGCGAAAUAUUAUGUUGGUCCUCGCAAGGCGAUAUAUCCCUCUAUAGUCUCGUCACUUACAAACGACUCCCGGUAUCCUUUGAGAAUGUCAAAGGAACUCCUCAAUCGGCUGCAGCAAAGCUAUGUUUUACUUCAAACGGAAGGCUCGUUGCGCUCUUGAAUACGUCCAAUAACACAGAGGCUGUUCAGGUGUGGGAAUAUAGGACUGGCAGGCAUAUCAUGGACACGCAGCAUCGAAAAGACACAGUCAAAUCAUAUACACUGAGCGAUACAUAUCUGGCGGUGUCUACGUUCGACCAGGUUCAAGUCUACCGAGUGAUAGACGGCAACCUCGUAGCAGCUGAGAGGAUAUCCUCCACAAAGCUUAUGACAUUUUCUCCCAAUUCAGACAAAUUGGCCGUAUUUCGAAGCAAGGGGUCCUCUAAGGGACCUCUUCUCCAAGCAUGGGCUGUCAGCCAUACCGGGAUUGAGGCUGAUGGGUGA